AUGGACCUUGGACAGCCGAUGUGUUAUGCGAUUGGUUGCGCAUGCUUGGGGCAAGCCGGCGUGGGCGGCGCGGGCGGGCAUCAUGUGCAGGUGCAGGUGGCGGCUUUGAGCUGGAGGGGGAUGGCCGGUUUGGGGGUGGGACAGGGAGGUGGACCAAUCAUGUCUGAUCGGAUGCCGCCAACAACGAAACCGAUCAAUGGGCGAACCAACAGCGUUGGGCCUGGAAAGCGAUGCAGGUCCCUCGCCCUCUUCGCAAUAAAAGAGGCCCGCAAGCCGCUCUGGAAUAUUGCACACAACAGCCCAAGGUCGCUCCUCGCAUCGGGGACAGCAAUUGCCAACGAGCCCCUCGCCAGCAUGGAGUUUUCGGGAAAGGAUUUGGAGGACAUUCAGCGAGUAGCGGGCUUGCUGAACCUUACAGUGGAUGAGCUGCUGCAACAGAGCCGACUCAACAGCAGCAAGAUCACCGCAGGCUCCGUUAGCAGCUCGCCCCAGCCAUCGCCUCAACCUCGACCUCGACACAUUGCAAGCCAGCAGCGGUCACCACUUUUCCAACAUCAAGAGAGCCCUGUCCUUUCUAACCAACACCACCAACCAUCUUUUGACCCGGACCUGCGCCUGGAACUGGACCUGGACUUGGACUUGGACACCUUUGACCUGGGAGACCCCAAUUUGAGCGGUUCUGGGAGCGACCCCUCCGAAUUGGCUCUUCCCGCCCCCGGGCCUCCCGUCACCAAGGACCAAGGGGCCAGAGUCGUUCUCCUCAACCCCCACACAACUUCUUAUGACUGCGAUGAGGCUGCCUGGGGUAUUAACCCACCUCCCGGUCAUGUCUUUGCUUUCGACGAUGUCACAAUGGAUUCCGAUGCCGCCGACGAUGGGUCGUACGUACCGGUGUCGGACGCGAAAGUCGAUUUUGACUCCGUCAGCGAGUACACCGUCCGGGAAGACCAGGAAUAUGUGCUGGAAGAUGCCUCAGCCGAUUGGUCUCUUGUUUCGGCCUCCUCCGAAUCUCCAUUGUCGAAGCUGCCCAUGUCGCCUCCCAUGGGAUCCAUCGACAAGCGUUAUCACAGGAUCGCCCCUAAAGUCCCCAAACACAGCGCCCAAACUCCGUCAGAGAGCUCCUCUCAUCGCGUCAAGAAGAAACGCAGCCCUUAUGAAGGAAGCAAGAGAGUCGACACUCACCUUACCCGCCAGCUCCAUGCUUGUGUUAGGUGCAGAAUGCAAAGAAAUAGGUGCAUUCCCGACCCCAACAAUCCCCGGGGCCCGUGUUUGACCUGCCAAAAUAGAACGGUGCGCAUGAGCCGACUGCCUUGCCUCCGAUACAUGGUCACCGACAGCACCCUCUUCCGAACCGGCCUGGACUACAUGCCCUUCUACAGAACCCAUCCCAUGGUCGGGCCUCACUAUGGCGAUUUUCACCUGGAACGCCAGUGGACCGAUGCUCCCUCUAAAGUCUUGUGUCUGGGUCAGGUCGGGUCCAUGCAUAUCAAGAUCGAGCUGCGGGAGUUCGUUCCGCCCGCCAAUACCAGAGAUGUGGACCUCAAGGGGCGGCCGAUGUAUGCCGUCCCCUGGGCUGUUGCCGACCCCGAUGCCGUGGUGGAAGCGAUAACUGAGUAUAUCGACCGAUCUGUUACGCGGUAUAUGGCGGCCUAUUUGGACGACACAGACCCCCUCGUUUGGAACAUCUUCCAGGCUGCCUACAGAGCAUCCGUCUUCCCUCUUCCGAACGAGAUGCUCAAAAAGACACUGAGACUCUGGGUUGCCUGUCGUUUUAUCGAAUCCAAGUGGAGAUGUUGGUCAGAGACGGGCUGGGCCGACAGCGAGCUUCGGGCCAUGAACCCAGAGGAUCCAUUCUACAAGGGCCUGGAUUCCCCCCCGCCGUACAUCGACUACCAAUUUGCGUCCAUCGUCAUGCACCGCAUUCUUGCUCCGCUUAGGAAGGACGUCCUUCGCAUCCUCCAGGGCACCUUCAACACGCACAAUCCCAAGGACUGGUUCGCCACCUUUUUGACAUGUUUCAUCCUCCUGCAGAAUUACGAGAUGCAAAUGCUAUUCCAGAGCCAGUUCGCCAGGCGGAGGGAGGCACAGCUCUUCACGCCAGGGUUUGACUGGGCCGCCCCGCGUGUCCGAAGGAUGGCCCGGCUUGAUGCUGAACAAAGUCAGUUCAUGUCGCAGUGCCGGGAUGUUGUGGUCCACAAAGGUAAUUCCCCGUCACGAGACACUAUACUCACCAUGGGCGCGGAGACGGUACUUUUGGGACAGCAAGGGCAAGCUUGGGGGAACCUGGCUGUGAAGGCCAACUGCCCUCCUCGUUACGUCCCCGUCUCAACCGAAUGGCCGGUCAAAUUGGAGGGUGAUCUCGCGUGGGGACCGGCAUCGUUUGCUUCCGAGGAUGACUACACGCUGGUCCUGACCGAGGACGAGGUCUUGGAGGUCAGAUCAGGACUGCAGCAUUUUAACGAACUCGGCCUUUACGGAAACGAAGUCUCCCCCACCACCUUUCCCCUGCCGACUCUCGGGCCGAAGCUUCGGCAGAUUUCCGCCGACGUCCACCGGGGGAGGGGAUUUGCCGUGGUUCGAGGGUUGAAGCCUGACGAGUUUUCGCCCGAGGACAAUGUCCUGGUAUUCCUGGGCAUUUCGUGCUAUGUCGGUGUCAAGCGUGGCCGACAAGACGAGGAGGGUAAUAUGCUAAUGCACAUUCGUGACGCGAAGCUUUCGAAAACACCCCAGCAGGACCGACCGACACGGUACUCCUCUCGAGCAUCUACCUUCCACACCGACACCUUCUGCGACAUCCUCGCCCUCCAGAUCCGCAACAACGCCUCCUCCGGCGGCAAGAACAUGCUGGCGUCCUCCUGGACCAUCUACAACACCCUGAUGCGCACGCACCCGCACCUGCGCGAGCUGCUCGCCCAGCCCAUCUGGUCCUUCGACAGCCGCGGCAAGCUGCUCCCCUCCAGCACGCGCCCGCUGCUCUACCACCACGCCGGCCGCGUCCUGCUCAACUUUGCCCGCGAGCCCCUGCUCGGCCUCGACGGCGUGCGCCGCGCCGCCGGCCUCCCCGCCCUCGAUGAUGCCCAGCGCCGCGCGCUGGACGUGGUCGAGGAGAUUGCGAAGCGGAGCCAGAUUGUGCUGGAUGCGCGGCCCGGCGAUGUCCUGUUUGUGAAUAACCACGCCGUGCUGCACUCGCGCGAGGCGUUUGAGGACGAUGCGGCGUCGCCGCGGUAUUUGGUGCGCAUGUGGCUGAAGAAUCCGGAAUUGGCGUGGGAGUUGCCCAGGGGGUUGCAGGCGGGGAAUGCGAGGAUUUAUGAGGACAAUGAGCUGGGCGAGCAGUGGAAUGUCGUGGACGCGCCGAGGGUCCUGUUUCGGUUGAGUGAGCGGUUGAGUUCGUAG